GGCUGAGGACUUUGUGUUUUGCUGUGGCUGAGAUCUCUGAGAGUGACUUUGAGGAGUGGCGGGCUGUCUACCAUCGAGCAUCCACCUCGGUGCAGAACAGGCUACUGAAACUGGAGGAGAGCUACGAACUGAUCGAAAAGAAUCUUCAGCUACUUGGAGCUACAGCCAUUGAGGAUAAAUUACAAGACCAAGUGCCUGAAACCAUAGAAACUCUCAUGAAAGCUGACAUCAAAAUAUGGAUCCUUACUGGAGACAAGCAAGAAACUGCCAUUAAUAUUGGACACUCCUGCAGACUUCUGAAGAAGAACAUGGGGAUGAUUGUUAUAAACGAAGCCUCUCUUGAUGGAACCAGGGAAACUCUCAGUCGGCACUGCACCACCCUUGGAGAUGCCCUUCGGAAGGAAAACGAUUUUGCUCUUAUAAUCGAUGGGAAAACCCUCAAAUAUGCCUUAACCUUCGGAGUCCGGCAAUAUUUCCUGGACUUAGCUUUGUCCUGCAAAGCUGUCAUUUGCUGCAGGGUUUCUCCUCUUCAGAAAUCUGAGGUGGUUGAGAUGGUUAAGAAACAAGUCAAAGUCAUCACACUUGCCAUUGGAGAUGGAGCAAAUGAUGUCAGUAUGAUACAGAUGGCCCAUGUGGGUGUUGGAAUAAGUGGCAAUGAAGGUUUGCAGGCAGCCAACUCUUCAGAUUACUCCAUAGCUCAGUUCAAGUAUUUGAAGAAUUUGCUGAUGGUUCAUGGUGCCUGGAAUUACAACCGCGUGUCCAAGUGCAUCCUGUACUGCUUCUACAAGAACAUCGUGCUCUACAUCAUCGAGAUCUGGUUUGCCUUUGUCAAUGGCUUCUCUGGACAGAUCCUCUUUGAGAGAUGGUGCAUCGGGCUCUAUAAUGUGAUGUUUACAGCGAUGCCUCCCUUAACUCUGGGAAUAUUUGAGAGAUCCUGCAGAAAGGAGAACAUGCUGAAGUACCCUGAGCUGUACAAAACGUCUCAGAAUGCUCUGGACUUCAACACCAAGGUUUUCUGGGUUCAUUGUUUGAAUGGCCUCUUCCACUCAGUUAUUCUGUUUUGGUUCCCACUAAAAGCCCUUCAGUAUGGCACGGUAUUUGGAAAUGGGAAAACCUCAGAUUACCUGCUUCUGGGAAACUUUGUUUACACAUUUGUAGUGAUAACUGUGUGUUUGAAAGCUGGGCUGGAAACCUCAUAUUGGACAUGGUUCAGCCACAUAGCCAUCUGGGGCAGCAUCGCUCUCUGGGUGGUGUUCUUUGGAAUCUACUCAUCUCUAUGGCCUGCCGUUCCCAUGGCCCCUGAUAUGUCUGGAGAGGCAGCCAUGCUCUUCAGCUCUGGGGUCUUUUGGAUGGGCUUGCUCUCCAUCCCUGUGGCAUCCUUGCUUCUGGAUGUGCUGUGGAAAGUUAUCAAGAGGACGGCCUUCAAAACAUUAGUGGAUGAAGUUCAGGAGCUCGAGGCAAAAUCUCAAGACCCAGGGGCAGUCGUGCUUGGGAAAAGCCUCACCGAAAGGGCCCAGCUGCUCAAGAAUGUCUUUAAGAAGAACCACGUCAAUCUCUACCGCUCUGAGUCUCUGCAGCAGAACCUGCUCCAUGGCUAUGCCUUCUCUCAAGAUGAAAAUGGCAUCGUCUCACAGUCUGAAGUGAUUAGAGCCUAUGAUACCACCAAACAGAGGCCGGAUGAGUGGUGAUAAGGAGGCCUAAGCAACAGGCCCUGCUGAGUCUCUGAGAAGAGCUGUCACAAUCUAUGGUCACCACUGCAAUCUGAUGACCAAUCCCAGUCUGGUCCAUGGGGAGAAAAAGUGGAUCUGAGCUCAUCUCACAAAUGGACAUUAUGCGAAUACUAUACCACCAUCGCCCUCAGAUGUUCUCAAGUACCUGCUAAGGCUUCGUAAACUGAUACCGGAAAUGACCUUGUGUCUUGCCUGAGUGCUUUCUCAAAAUGGGGACAGGUCAGUGUUCACAAGCCAUCCCUCUGGGGCUGUAACUAUCAGUUCGUUGGCUCAACCACCAAUCAACCAUUUAAACAAACAAACAAACAAACAACUCUGAAUGGUGUUAAGGGGAGAACUCUUGAUAUCCAGACUUAGAUUUCAGGAUAGGCUGAAACAAACCAGCAUUCUUGACUCACUCUACUGAACACUUCUAAACAAGGCAUUAAUACGUGUUUGUGUCAAAAAGUGUCUUGCAAAGUGUUUGCCAAAGAUGUUCAGUGCGUGUUUCUCAUUCAGUAGUCAACUGCCCAGAAAUUUAAAAGAAAGUUUCCUCGAAGCGCUGCUGUGCGAUCUGCAUGCUUGACUUUUCAGAUGUGAGCGCAACUUGCAAACAUUGAACAUUUCCAGGCAUUCGCUACUAAAGUCUGUGAUGUCGCACCUUCGGCCUUACAACUGCUUCUCUGUCGAUUGUCCCCUUGAUUUGUUUCAGUGGGAGGGACCUGUGUCUGUGUGACUGUUGUUACAACACUUAUUUUUUUUUUGAACUGUAUUGUCUGUCAUUUCUGAUGAACUUUAGACUCCUUUAGAUGUUCCUAGAAAUCUGACUUCCGUUGUGUAUUGAGUGAUGUCACUUCGUCUUCAAUUUUUGUCUCUCCUAAGAAAUUAUGCUUACGUAUUUACAGGGGACUUCCAAAGCUUCUGUUGUGACGUUCAGUAUAAUCCAUCAAAUAGUGCAUGGGCUGUCGUGUGCAUAGGUUCGGCUUUUGUCCUGUGUUCUGUUUGUUUCUCACUGUGUGUUCCCACUGGAGAUGGUGUAUGUAGCACAGUUGGUGUGACAGUGACUACCCAUAUGCUUAAGCCUGAGAAUUACUGCACAGUUCACCCGGCCAACAGUUCCCAAAGUGAGUCAUGUACUGCUUAUUGACACGAGACAGGUGAGUAGCACAUUCCCCUCAUUUUAAGGAGCUACGUGUUACUCCAGCAAACCUUCCAGUCAAUGAAAAUGUCUCAUCAUGAGUAGGGGUCACUGAUAUGCUUUCAAAUAGACGUCCAUUCUCAUUAGCUUUGGUAUUUCCAUGAAAUCUCCUGGGAAAUGCCUAUUUUGCUACCAACAAUAAAUGGUGAAGGGGCUGUUUAAAACCACACCCAGUUUUCUACAGUUUUUACAAUAUUUUUGUCAUCUUAAAAGAUUAUAAAGGGAGUUCUAGUUUUCAGAUACACUUCAGAGAUAGAAACAAACUAUUCUGCCUUUUACUCAAAAGCCUGUUUGCCUUCAAGUGGGUUACCAGCAAAAUAGGGCCCUUUAAAUGUGUGCAAGGACUAGCUUUCAGAAAUUACCCCAUUUCAUCAUUUACAUGGUUCCCCCCUUUCUCUCAGUCUGGAUUUAAAAUUAGAGUGUGUCUCUUCCUUCUCUAAAUUUGUAGCUAGUUAUCAGUGUGUCUCCGCAUUCCCUACAAAUGAGAGGUUCUACACAUUCCCAUAAUUCUAAAGGGAGUGGAGUGGACUGUACUUCACAUCUCAAACCCAUCCUGUUGGAACUUAGAUUAAGCAACCCGUAAACAAAGCAUCUGGCAGAACAGCACACAUAGAAUUUAAGGUGAUCUAUCCAAUUGUGAAGCUGUAGACUUUGACCUUCCACCAACUAAAUCUGGCAAGUAGGUUUUCCUCGGCCUCCUGGUGGUGAGAGUUGAGGUCACACCACAGAAAUGAGCGGUUACCCAGGGAUGGCUUCCCUUUGGCCUUGCGCCAUCAGAGACAUCUGUAUCCAGGUUCCGCCAUCAAAACAUUGUGGAUGAGAAUGGAAUCUUCUGACCUCAGAGUGAAAAGCUAAAGUCUUCUUUUAUCUUGAAUCAUGAAUGAUUUUGAUGGAACUCUUCCACAUACGAAUACUCAUGGUUAAUCAGUGUACAUCAUACCCUGAAAUGAAACUCUUGAUGCUUGUUCAUACCUGGAUCCCGUGUUUGAAUGGUGGACAUUAAGUCAGUCUACGUGUUACUUGGGUAAAACUUGAAGUAGAGAAUUGCUAUUGCAGUGAGUUUAUAGAGACUUCCUACUCCUGAGUUUCUAGCCUUUGUUAACUGGCGGGGAAAGCUUUCUGGUUUCACCGGGAAUUGAAUGACUGCAGUCAAAGGGACUUUAAACCUGUCUUUUCUGAAAUAACCAGUAUGUAACUCCAAUUUAAAAGUCCCCUUUGGGGAUCCUAGUAAAUGCUGACAUGACUGCUUUGUAAUGUUUACAAUCCAGAAAAUAGUAUUUAUAGCAGAAAAGCCUCGUUACUUUAGCAAUGAAAAGCUGGGAGUGUCUUCAUUCAUGUUGGAAUAUGCACAGCAGUAUACAGCAUGGACUUUCUCUAUGUGUUAGAUGUACAUGCAAAAAUACAUUGGUGUCUCGCACCCAGAAAGACACUAUGUUGUAGAAGGCAUUAGCAGGAAUGUAAUGUUUGCUUCUUGGCUGGCACUCCCUUCAGCGCUCUGUGUGAGAUGGCGUCAGCCGCAAAGAGAACUUACUGGAAAGCUCUCUCACCCAAACAGAUGAAGGGAUACUGCCAAAUAAGGGAGCCAUGAAUUGUAUUGUCAUUCUAGAGACAAUGACAGUGAGUCCUUUCCCUUCCCAACAGGCAAAAUGAAUUCAAGGAAUGAUCAGCAUGUAAUCUCAGCAUUUAAUUAUAUACUGUAAUUUUUCAAUUCGGUAUCCCAGAUAGCUGGGAUGAUACCCACAGGUUAAUUUGUUCUUAUACUUAGUGUCACACUCUUAAGCUGUCAUUGAAAAAUGUCCUUUCAGAAAAUGAAUGCUAGUCAGAGAGCCACAGAGACAUCCUCUUAAAGAAAAGUGUGUGGCUAUUACAAAGCCGCCUACUCAUCGUACGGUUGGGUUUUUGAUGGUUCCAGGUCUUAAAACUUGUUUCAUGAAAUCAAUCUUUAGUCUAGUAAGUAAACUACAAAAUUUAUCAAGAAAAUGUCCUACUCAUUCACACUACAGUGAGCAGGUAUGUGGAAUUCCUUCUGUCCAUUGCUUACAGUAACACCAAGUGGCUCAGUGCCUCAUAAAUGCUUUUUAAUGACGAGUAUUUCUGGAUGGCCUCUUAAACAUAGCAUAGCCUGAUUUUUCUCACCUUAAAAUAAAACACUUGUGAAACUUAGUUAUACUUUGCUGUAUUUUAAUUAACCUUCAACAGCUAUUAAAAUGGAAUGUAAGUUAAAUUUUGAGGAAAAGGAAGCGAAUGCCCUCCAUGUUUCUUAUUGGUUUAUUUUUUGUAGGAGAACAGCUGUUUGUGUUUCUUGGUUUUGUGUGUGUUUGUUUUAUUUUGUUUUUUGAUAGGCUUAUGGCUUAUUUUGCAUGAAGUAAUAUUUAAAGUGAUCCAGGCAAAUGCAUGGCUUGUGUAAAAAUCUCGAUAUAUUUUUCUGUCUUAUAAAACUUUAUCAUGGCCUAACUAGAAUUUAAUACUUAGUGGACAAGUUAAUUAGUCCUCCACACAGCUUUUUUUUAAAUACUAAGUGGAUUAUUUUAUAAGUUUCAUCAAAUUCAAUUGAAUCUUUUUAUUUAAUUGAAUCUUCUGUUUAGCUUGCCUCCAAGAACUUUUCUCUAGAAAGUUCCUGAAACUUCUCAGCAAAUAAAUCUUCCCUUAGUAGGAAUAAAGGUGGAUUGCAUAUGUGCUUUUUUAAAUUAACAGCAAUUUUCCAUGGGUAAGUUUGCUAUGGCGAAGAUGUGAGCAGAAUUUUUUUUUAAUUCCCAGUCAUAGACUAGAAGCCAUAAAUGCAGUGGGUGCAGUUUGUUGUUAGCCUCUUCAAGCUUCAUCUUCACCCUUUCAAGUGUAUUCAGUUAAAGUUAGAAGGCAGCCUUGGAAGGCGGCUGUGAAAGCUGUAGUGUGCAUUAAAGAUAACAUCGAUGUCCAGCUCUGUGGAAAAGCCAUUUUGUCGAAACUGCUGUAGAGAUUGUGACGCUGCAUGAGUGGGGAGUGUCGAAUCUGUGCUUAUAGUGGUUCUCUCAGGUUUGUGUAUCCUAAUGUUCAAUGCACUGUGUUUUAUAAAUAGUUACUACCGUUGAGUAAAAUCCAUUUCUAUGCACUGUUCCGUGUCAUUGGCCUUUUGUGGAUGUGCAUGUUUUAAACUGCAAAUUUUAAACAUUUGUCCUCUAAUUGUUAUUCAAAUAAAAUAAACUUCACCAUUACAGAACA